AUGCCACCCAAAGUGAAAGCCAUUUCAAGGAAAAAAGCUGCGCGUGAAGGGCACAGAACAACCGUCAAACGUAUUGCUUACGCCGUCAGUGAACAACUGGAUGCCUCGUACAGCGACGUUAACUUGGACGGGAACAAACAAGCGCUUGCCCUAAUCGUGUCAAAGCUUCACCAGCAAAGGCAAUCCCUGCACGUCAAAUUGGAAACCCUAAAAGUUGUGGACGAAGAAAUCUUGUCAAUCGUGGAAGAAGAGGAAAUCGGAGACGAAAUUCGGGAAGCAGACCUCGUAAAUGAAUUAAUUCAGCUCACCAUUGCUAGAAUUGAUAAUUUUCUAGAAACUUUGAAGACCCCCGCGAAGACCGUGGACGCACCAAAGGACGAAACACCGGUAAGCGCUUCUAAAGUUGUUACUAGUGACUUCUUGCCGUCAAAUGACUCUGUUGAAUCUCCGGUAAACCUUCCUGUAUCUGCUGGAAAUGUUGAAACUUCGAAUAAUCUUGUUAAAUCUCCUAAUCCAACACCAAGUUUAAGCUUACCUACUCAAGGAACAAUCCCUCGAGUUAAAUUACCUAAACUGGACUUGAGGAAAUUUGAUGGAGAAGUUAGUACAUGGCCCACCUUCUGGGAUGCCUUCGAGUCCUCUAUUCAUAAGAAUCCUACAUUGGCUCCUAUUGACAAGUUCAAUUAUUUGAACUCUCUCCUUAUGAAACCAGUUCUUGAUGCCAUUUCUGGCCUGUCUCUCUCUGCUUCAAAUUAUGAAGAAGCAAUUGCGAUCCUUAAGAAGAGAUUUGGAAACAAGCAACAAAUUAUCAAUCGCCACAUGGAUAUUCUUCUUAAUGUUAGCCCUGUGACUAAUGAAGACACAAGAAAGCUACGGGAACUAUAUGACACUUUAGAGUCUCAUGUCAGAAGCCUUAA